GUGGAGCUCAACAACCAGUUGCAAGCCCGUACAAACUGGGCGACACGGACUUGCACUACUAUAUUGUAGUCGAUGAUCGGGCGCUAAUGGGCCUAGGCCACUGCGGGGCACCCCGUUUGGAAAAUAACGUGGAAUCGAACACUGAUUUUGUCUGACACGGUUUCCUCUCAAGGAAACCGAGUGCCAAUUGAAUGAGAAGCCUCAACCAGCAUUUCUACACGCGAACCAGCCUCUAUCGUGUAUUUCCAAUGAAUCGCUGGACUUUGUCCUGGCCGUCUUCCCUCAUCAGUACAUUAGAGCCCCCACUUCACUCCAUCAGCGCCAUCUAACGGAACAUUUACAACCUCCAUCCAGCCCCUGAACUGCAGGAGUGUCGCUUCCUUGAUGGCUAAUCCACCCUCAGAACCAUCACCCACGCAAGUCAACGUCGCGUCAGAGGCUGAUAAGGAUAUUUUCCUGGCCUGCCUCAAGGAAUUUAAGGAGCUCGGUCAGAAGCUGGACCGCAUCAUCACCUCCGAUCUCACCCUCGCCUCAGCUGGACCAGUGAGCGAUGUUCAUGCACCGUAUUCCAGUCCUCGGAACGAGGAUGAACAGUUUGAGGCAUUUCAGCGUGGGAUGAAGAAUCUCAGCGGCGCCGUGCAAAGUAUUGCCGACGGCGUCAAGGAACUCAAAUCUGCGUAUCGACUGGUUCGAGUGUCGGAGGCACUUCGCUCUCGCUUGACUCUCGUUUUCUAUACCCUCGGUGCCAUUGCUUUCCCCUCAUCGAAUGCCAAACUGAAGACGCAGUGGCCCAGCCAGCCAUCACAGCAUUGGACGCCAGCACAGAUCAUCGAUGAAGGUGUUCUUCCUCUCGAUGAGGCCAUUACGUCUGACGCAGGAACUAUCUCUGAGAGACUUCAGAAGCUUGGCCAAUGCGUUGAUGUCUUCAACGCUGCUUUGAAAGGCCUCCCUGGGUUUCACGAUGUUCCAGGCUAUAGCGCAAGUGGCAUUGACACCUCACUGCGAAAUUUCGCUCAAGAUCUGAAAUAUUGGGGCCGUAACUUGAAUAACUUUCAGGGUGAGAUCACAGACGCUCUCGGAAUAUUCAUUCGGUUGGGUUUGCCGAUUGUGUUGCAUUCUGAACGAGACCCAACAUUUCAAAAUCUGUCAACAGUGGCAACACUCUUUGCGAGUGUAUCCGCAUCGACCAUUCAAUUAAGGCAGGUUGUUUGAACUUGUGCCUUGAAACCCGUGACAGCUUCUUGUGAUCUAGCUACACGCAACGGGAUACGAGGGUCGACCAGGCGGUCAAUGUCCUCUGGAUCGUCU